AUGAUGAAAGUAUACGAAAUCAUUUUCUUGGAAAUCCUAUUACUUAUCUCUGGGGUGCACUAGGACUUGUAAAUGAUUCACUCGAAUUUCGUCUUUAUACGGGAAGAUUUACACUUGAUUUGUUUUGGGCAUAUCGUGAUGGCGAUCAGCGUUGGUGCGGUUAUCAAGUAAAUCGAGCAAAAUUUAGACGUACUCUUCCAUUAUUAGAAGAACUUUGUUCAUGUGAUUUAUUUGGUCAUCGCUUUACCAUUCCAUGUUCACCCACGGAUUAUCUUGAUGAUGAAUAUGGAAGAGAUAAAUGGAAAACUCCAUUAGAGAAAAAUUAUACAUGGACUAAUAUGAAAUAUCAUUCGAUGUGGAAUGAUAUAUCAUGGAUGUAUGCUACGCGUUUAUAUACAUCUAAAGGAAAACUUCGUACGGAUAAAUAUGCAGUUGAAUGGAUAUCAAAACAUUUUAACUAUUCUCUGACAUCAAUUCCAUCAUUUCUUAAUGUUAUACCAAAUGGACCUGUGACACUUCCACCACUUAAAACUGAACUUGUUUAUAAUACAAAGACAAAGAAAAAGCGCGUUAAUAAAAAGUCUAAAUGA